AUCGAGAAUGCCACCUUUCCGACGAAAGUCACGAUUGGACAAGGUGUCAAAUGCCUGCGAAGAAUGUAAAAAACGGAAGACCAAAUGCUCCGGCCGGUUCCCUUGUCAAUCUUGUGUCGCACGUCAUGUUGAUUGCACAUUCAAAAGACCCGAGAGGAAGGUUUUAGUAUCAGAAAGUUAUUUGCGUGCGCUCGAGGACAACUGUGCCCUGCGCCGCCCCCAGUCAGCGCCACCGACCAAGGAAUUGUCCGAAGAAAGAGUGUCCCGGAGAAGCCCUCCGUUACCUUCUGUCGCAGACGACGCGUCCCCACUUCCCCAGACCAGCACCGCCGAGGCACUCAUCACCAACCCUCUUGUCUCUGCCACAUCCUUUUACCUGAAGGAUACAACCGGACGAUAUAGAUAUUGUGGGCCGUCCUCCUCCUGGUCCUUCUCCCAGCGCGUCUUCCUGCUCCUCAAAUCCGCGGUUCCCGACUACCCGUGCCCAGAUCUUCCUUUUCACAUUGAUGGCUGUACCUGGGAACUUAGCUGGUCCCGGACUGAUUUUGAAGAUGCUUCUGUUGUGGAGGGGCUGCCAUCGCUGGAUGACUUUCUCUAUUUGCUCAACACCGUCAAGUUCCAUUCCUCUCGGAUGCUAUAUCUCGUCGACGAAGACGAGUUCAUACCUCAUCUCCACGAGUUCUACGAUCGAGGGCUCGAGAAGGCCAAAACUCAGCCCCUAUGGUUCAUUCAAUACCUCCUGAUCAUCGCUCUCGCCAAGGCUUUCUUGACUACACCCAGGAAUCCCAAAUUACCGCCAGGAUCAGCUUUCUUCACACGGGCUAUGUCUCUAGUACCGGAUUUUAUAGGCCUGAAUCGUCAGCCAAAUCGUGGCAUGCAGAUUCUGUACCUGAUAGGUCUGUAUCUGGUGUCGGUGGACAUGAAAGAUGCUGCUUAUGUUUAUGUCGGCCAGGCGAUCCGGAUGUGUAUCAUGGAAGGGAUAUACCGGGAGCCACCAGACGGACUUUUUGGGACUGGUAUCGCGCAUCAGUGCCGUAACAUCUGGUGGUCCGCAUAUAUUCUUGACCGGCAGCUAUCAUCGAUGAUAGGCGGUCCAGUAUCGAUCCAAGAUGCGGAAAUCACUUGUGCGCUCCCCGUCGCUUACGAUCAGUCGGAGGAUGCUCUGUUCUUCACCAUGCAUGUCAAGCUUUCCCGCACGAUCGGCCGCGUGUUGAAUUCCGUAUACACCACCGAUUUUCGAUUGCGACAGUCAUUCAUCUCCACGAUUCAGUCUGUGCUGCGCGAGAUGGCCGAUAUUCUGCGGGAGACGGAGGAGAUGGCCGCCAAAGUCUCGCAUCAUUCCCUGCGUACAGUAUCGACUAUGACGAGCCAUCUGACAGUGAAAUACCACCAAUGUAUUAUUCUGGCCACGCGUCCGCUGUUCCUUCACUUUCUCAUCAACCGGCUCCAACCACAGGAUCAGCGCGGCGAGACAGUGAUCCCCGUCCAGCUGAGACCGCUUCUCGAAACCUCUCUGCAGUCGGCCAAGAUCUCAUUGAGGACUCUGUCUGUACUGUACGAGCAGUCACUUCUCGAAUCGUUCCUUCCUUUCGAUCUGGAAGGGAUCUUCUCUUCCGCAUUCAUCCUCACCAUCGCCCACUUCAUCGACCCUGCUCUGGUGCCGGAUAUGGCCAACUACGUGCUCACCGCUUCGCGCAUGCUGUCCGACAUCGUUGCCAAGGGCAACAUGACCGCCGCGCUGCGGCAGAAGGAACUGGAUCUGCUGCAGAGGAUGACCGGACAUGUCGUGAGUAGGGAGAGUAGUGAUGAUGAUGGAAGGGAAAGUGUCUCCCGCAUGGCGAGCCUUCCUGAGCAGACGGAUCCCGCGGUGGAGUCGGAGUUCAUGAUGGCGGAUGAGGAGAUUACCAUGAGCCCUACACAGAUAUUGAGUCUGGCGGAGCAUUUGGACUUGCUGAACGAGAGUGCGUGGGAUAUUGGAUUCGGACUCGAGGGGCAGGGUUUGAUGUGAGGGGUGUGUCAUUGGGAUCAAGUUAGAAUGGUGGGGAUUCGUCUUAUCUGCCUCGUGCCCGAGGUCUCACGGGCUCUCGCAUCUACUGUCGAGGGCUGGUUCGCUUUGACUAUCAUCACCAGUCACUGCUUCAGCACUAGGGCUCCAAUGACAGGCGUCUAGGCGGCCUGUCAGACACAUCGGCCAAUAAAUGCCUCAGGCACCCGUGGCACUAUCUAUGUUGUACAUAGCGCAGAGCGAAGGCCCUGCGAGCCGGCCUCCUUUCUUUUCUCGC